UGCAUUCAGAUAUUGUGGUGGUCAUCAAUAAUAUCAAAAUAUUAUGAUCCCAAACAAACUGUUGAUUUUAGUAAUAUACUGACUAAACAAAAGCUAAACUGUUAUAAACACAGUGCUACUAAAACUGUACGCAAACCACAACACUUGUGGCGGCAGAACAAUAAAUGUAUUUUAUUAGAGAUCGACGUAUAAUAUACAAGAGCAAAUAAAUUUGUCCAAAAAGUGUAGUUCCCCGGAAAUUUUUACUUGACUCGGACUCGGUAACGAAAGACUGUGCACAGUUAAAAUGAGUUUUUAUAAAGAGGAUGUUGACGAGAAUAGUGAUGAAUACGAUGAAUACAGUGAAUUUUCAUCAGUACAUUACACCACCGAAAGUACUGAUAAUAGCACCGAAUACGAAUUGAGCUUUAAUGAAGGCAUAAACUACGUGCUAAGUGAAAUUCGUAUGCCGGAUCAGCAAGUGAGACUAUAUACAUCACACGCACAAAUAAUUGAAGAUACUAUCAUAAGAGCCAUGUCGCGUUAUGAUCCAUAUUUUAAGAAUGCGUUUAAAGGUCUGAGUUUGGGCGGCAGUUAUUUGGACCAUCUUAAGAUUUGCUUGCCAGAUGAAUUCGAUAUGCAUGUGAAAAUAUACUUAGGCUGUCAUCUUGAGCCUGUCCCUGUGCAAGGCAUUCCGGGCUAUGUGUUUUUGCGUGCUAACAAUGAGUAUCCGCACAAAUGUAUAAAGCAUUUUCGGAAUGGAUGGUUUGUUGAUCGCAUAGCAGUGCAACAAUGGUUCCGCGACAUUAUCUCAGCAGUUAUGGACGAAAUCCAGUAUAUACGCAUCUCACGGCGCUACUGUUAUACAAUGUCAUAUAAGAAGCAAGGUUUUGGCGUGGCACAUAAUCUAGUGGCGACUGAUACUAAGAAUAGCGAUCGUCAAAUAAGUUUUGAUUUUGUGCCUGUUUUUGAAUUUGAAGCAAAACAGUUUCCCAGAACUAUGGAGAGCGUACCAAAUAAAGGACGUACCUGGUUUGCUGUGCCGCGCAGGUUCAGUGCGAAAUGGAAGGACGACUCCAGAUCAUUCAUUGUUUGCGCUCCACAUUGGGAGCGCAUUGUACUAAAGAAUAAACAAAACCUAAAGGACUCAUUACGUUUGAUGAAAAGAUUCCGCGAUGCGAACGACAUGGGCGCACUUGUCAGUUACAAACUGAAGAGUCUUUAUUUGAGGGAGCUGACCAAGUCAAGAGUUAACUGGGACUGGCCUCCGGGUGAAAUACUAAUAAAAAUGUUAUUUAACUUACUCUGGAGUCUCUAUCAAAAAAAGUUGCCGUUCUAUUUGAAUACAAAACAUAAUCUAUUAAAUGAGAUAAGUGACAGGGAUAGGUAUAGAUAUAUCUCAAUUUUAAGAUCACACGCUGGAAAGUUAGCUUCCCGCAGGAAACAGAAUUAUUUAACAAGCGACGAUAUGUACAACAUUUUUGGCAUUGACGACCAAUCUCAAUGCAAUUCCGAAUAUGAAGACGAUUAAGAUACUGGAGUUAUA